AUGCUAAGUGUCCCCCACUCGCACUACCGCGUCUUCCAUGGCAAUCCAGCAGCCGAUUCGUUGCAUGCAACGUCCAACGAUCAAUUUGCUUUACUGCUGGACCCUAAACGGAUAGAAAGUACUUCAACUGACCUUCAUCUGCGGGAAUUUGCCCAACUUGAGGUCCAAAUAAAAGCGCUGCAGCUACAAGUGACGCAACACAAUAAUCCAAUCGCCAUGGAGAACGCAAUGGCCGGUGCAAUGGUCGAGUGUUUUAUGUUCUACUCGCGUCUAUUCACGGUCGAAUCGUAUUUAUGGCCGGACUUUUUAGCUGCCGUUUUUACGAAAUUGGCCGAGCAUUUUGCUACAAGUGGAAAUACAAGUGUUCAAAGUGCUAUUCUAAGGAUCUUUCAACGUGCAAAAGCUCAUAUUGCUCAAGUGAAUGAUGCCUCUAAGCUACUGGGUCAUUUGGUAGGACCCUUGACACAUGCGACCUCUGUGGCGACUCGGACACUGACACUACAAAUGUUGGCAACGAUGCCGUCUCUGCUUGUACAUGCCAUGGAGAUACAGCAGCAGAUUAUGAAGGGACUUUCUGCCGAUGAUAUGGAUGAGCGAUUGGCUGCAAUUGAAGCAGCAAAUGCAGUUUUACCUCUCUCGUCUUUGUUUCGGAAGAAUGUACUCACAUUUAGUCUUGAAACGUCAACGAAAUUGUGCUGUUUGUUGCCUCGAGCAAUCUCCAACAUGACUGAAGCACAACAAGCGUGGACUCACUGCGCCGAGUUGUAUGAGCAUUUUGCAGAUGAUAAGAGUGCGGUCGCAAGCAUACGUGCGAUGACGACAAUGACUACUGCUUACCCGGAAGUGUUAUUGAUGAUGCAUGGACAAUUGUUGCAUCAUGUUCUUGACCAAGAACCUCGUGCACUUGUACGAAAUUUUACACUGAUGGUGACGCAACAACUUGUUGGAAAAGCAGGCACUGAUGAGGAUGACCAACUAGCUAACAUUCUGGAAGGUAUGUUUUCACGAAUUAGCAGUCUGCACGUUACAUCGGGUCGUGGCAUGAUGCGCAUCAAGUUAUCAGCUUUACUUUUGCUUGAAAAGUGGUGUGUUGAUCACGUACUGGGCGAAAAGGCUCACGCACUGUUAGAGGAUGCCAAUAAGCUUCUUGCUUUUACCGCGGACGAACGUUUUGCAAAGGCCUAUGUAUCAGUCAUCUCGAAUGUCGCUCGCCAGAAGCUUUCAUCUGUGGAGACAAUAUCGCCGGAGUGUAAUGUUGAUAAUUUGUUGAUGUUGCUGCAUCCACGCGCAGCCGUUGCUGCCAAGUCUACGUGGAAUCACGUAUUGUGCGCGCUUGCUAGACUAUGCCAAGACUAUCCCGAACAUCUUGCGGCGUACGUUUCAUCGCGUUUAGUUGAAUUGCUCUUGAUUCCCACUGAGAAUCUGGAUUCUACAAUAUCCAAGUUACGUAGGACGUCCAUCUUUAAGGUGCUUGGAACCCAGCUUCGACCACCAGUUGUCCACUUGAUUCAUAAGGAGCUUCCAACUUUGCUGAAGGAACUGCUGACCGUAAAGCAGACAGAUGCACCUCGAUUACAGGCUGUUGCAGCUACAUUCUUUCUCUGGACCCAGGAAAUGACGUUCGCUAUCACUGAUGAUGACAAAGGUACAAGGAGAACCAUUGCCGAAUUUGAACAACAACUCCUAAAUCCAGCGCACUAUGAGUCCCACGCCGAGCGGUAUGAGAUGGCGAAAUUAGCGAUGCUGCGAGGGCGUUUCGCUUUAGCAUUGCAACUAAUGGAGGUGGUUGUAGCGAGUGCCGAUAGCGAGUGCUUUGGUGGGUGGUUGCGUGCGCUACAAGCCCUGUGUGAAGCAGAGUCACGUAUUGCAUCAGACCAAUUUGUGCACCUGGAAAGUAUUCACUCCCUUGCCCGCACCAGUAUGUACUUGCAAGCAGCGCAAACGUCAAGCUUUCGCUUUCAACUACAGCUGCAUCUCGUUUCGCUCCGACUUGAGUGGGUGCAGUUCCUACAGAGUACACAACAGCUCGCGGGCGAGGCUGUGUUUACAAAUUCAGCUGGUAAUUCUGCUGGUCGUGAGGGGCAUUUAAGUAAGCAAUUACGCGUACUUGCUCGUAAAUUCAAAGCUUUACGCUCCUUAUUGCUUGGUGCCAGCCAGCGUGACCUUGAUGCACUUCAAGCUCACGCCAAUUCGUGCAUUUUGCUGGCGUCAGCAGUAGAAGGGCUUCUGUUACUUCAGUCUCCGAACUCCAUUGAUUUUCCGACAGAGUGGGGGCUCAUUAUUAACGGUUCCCAGUGGAGUCUUCAGAUGCUGAAGUUACUAAGCGAGGACGUACGCAGCAAAUUGGAUCGUGUUGCUAACCUUGCGCCCUCUCGCCAGCCUGGUACUGGUGCACGCGUAUUGCAACAACUUCUGGCUUCCCUUUGCGGUGUUCCUCUGGUACUACCGAGACUAUUUUUCUGUUCUCGUCUGCGCAAUGAGCAGCGCCUUUUCUCGAGUGCGCAGUUCUUAACCUACGCUGAGAAUACAGCUUUCACAGCGAAGCCUCGCUCACGUUCACAACUUGGAGUGCCCAUCGGUACAGAUUUUACAAGUGUGUUUAAGGGCGUGUUGGCGAUAUCACGUAAAGCUCAAAGUUAUUGGAGUGAGCGAAUUGAAGCAAUCGAGACUGAAAUACUCGUGUGUCUGGCCGGUGCUGGCGUCACUGGGGUCAGUAGCGUUAGUACAAGUUCAUUACUUGAUGAACGUGUCGUUGAUGCGUCACCAGAGGAAAGUUUCGUACAGCAUCGUAUGAAAGUUGUUCUGCCAGUUUCGUGGGAUCAAGUGGCCAAGUCAGCAGCUGUAGAAGACGAGGACGGUCAGACGAUGCUCUACCUGCCGUUCGAGACGCCGGUACAUGUGAAGGCGACAAAUUUGACAGUCAAGGGCUCCUUCGUGUUGAUAGCUAAACUUGCUUUGGUGGACCGUCAGGGCCAGAGAUGGCCGUCAGCUGCCACCGGAUGUCGGCGAGGCUUCAUUGUGUACUAA